UAGCCUUGCGUCCGCUUGGUGAUCUCGUAUUUUCUACGAGUCAGUGGUAGUGUGUAUCCGUUUAUUUAGCUAAGGAAAACAAUUUAAUAUAACAUAGCGUUAGUUUUCUGGAUUUAUUUUUGAUUUUCUUUUGUUUUUAAGAAUUUUGAACAUGUCUUCGCCGUUGGAAAUGACAGAGUUAUACGACAAUGCCUUGCUUGGAAUCCUGCAGCAUGUUGGAAACAUUCAGAAUUUUCUGCAGAUCUUCUUUGGGUUUUUGUACAGAAAAACAGACUUCUAUCGCCUGCUGAGCAACCAGAAUGACCGCAUGGGGUUUCCACCUGGUGUGGCGGAAAAGAUGGUCCUGAAGACGUUUAGGUUGUUCGAGAAGUUGGCGGCGCACGACAGAGCGAGGGCGCUGCAGCUCGCGGAGGAAGCGAGGGCGCCAGCCGUGCAGGAGCUCGAGAUUCAGCCGCAGACGGAAGACGCUGCAUGCGCGCAGACGGAAGACGCUGCAUGCGCGCAGAUAGAACCUGCAGCCACCACAGCCUCGUGCACAGAGCUGCCCGGGGCCCCAAACGCAACGUCGCGCGAGGAAAAGGCUGUCCAGCCUGGAGAGGGCGAGCAGCUAGCGCAUGCGGGGCCUGCGCUCGAAGACCCUGCGGCGUUCGCCAGCUCCGAUUCUCGUACCGCUGUGCCUGGGCAGACUAAUUUCCAGGCCAACCCAGAUAGUUACAAUGGUGCUGUCAGAGAAAACUACAGUUGGUCACAAGAUUACACCGAUGUGGAAGUUCGAGUUUUUGUGCAGCCCAAUGUUGUCAAGGGUCGACAGGUGUCUGUCAGCCUUCAGCCUGACAGGGUGCGCGUCGCAGUGAAAGAGGGGGCGUCCGAAAAAGCCCUGAUGAAUGGCGAGUUCACACACAAAAUUAACACAGAGAACUCGCUGUGGAGUCUCGAACCAGGGCACUGUGUGUUGCUGUCUCUCAGUAAAUGCGGGGAGGUGUGGUGGAGUGCCGUGCUGAAAGGAGAGGAGGAAAUCGAUGUGAACCAGAUCAACCGCGAGCGCUCCAUGGCCACCGUGGAUGAGGAGGAGCAUGCCGUGCUUGACCGGCUCACCUUCGACUACCACCAGAAGUUGCAGGGGAAACCGCAGAGCCACGAGAUGAAGGUUCACGAGAUGCUGAAGAAGGGCUGGGAUGCGGAGGGCUCGCCAUUCAAAGGCCAACAGUUCGACCCAUCCAUGUUCGACAUACCCCCAAGCGCUGUCCAGUUUUGAGUUCAAACAUCUUUGGCAGAUGCUAAAUGAGCAGCCAAAUGUUAAAAUCUACACCAUACACUUUAAAGCAAGCACCGAUGACUCUACAGUUAUCAGGGAGAGGAGUUUCCAGUAACACAGUGUGGUGGACGAUAUGAAGGCGCUGCCAAAGAGCUCAUGGAAAAGCCUUGGCUACAGUAAUUAUGUUCUGGUGUGUUUGUUACUGUAUGGCUUGGGGAACUGGUUAGACCUGUUUAACUCUCCUUUUACAAGUGGCUGCAUUUAUCUCAUCAUUUGUCACAUCUUCCCACUUGCAGAAUAUCCACAUGACCUGUGCAUUACAUUGGAAUGAUUAAAUCAUGGCCAAGGAUUUAACUAAAGACUUCUGAACUGUGUCUAAAUGCCUAAUAAAAUCAGUUGUUAAUCCAUACUGGUGAUAAUAGUAAAAUAUAUUUCAAGGGGGGUUUUGUUAGACCAGUUAAGAAUAUAUUUUACAUUUAAUUUUCGUAUGUUCUUGAGCUAUAGUGAGCAUUUCUCACGUUUAGAAGCCUGAUGGAUAUUGUGCGUUGCAAGUUUUAUUUUUGGUUUCAUUAAAUUUUUGCUGGUUGUGCCUAAAUAAACUACAUUACUAAGGUAAAUUGAGCAGAUUAUCAUCUUUUGUGGCACAACUACUUAAUUCACUAAGAUUCAUUGUAGACAGAAAUUAAAACCUCGUUGAAAAUAGGAUACUUUUGUUCUCAUUUUCCCUGCCAUGCCAAUGUAUUUUUCCGCCACCUAGUGGUGAUUAUUCCUAAUUACGGCCGAGUACAAUCUAUGGAACACCAAAAGUGCCAAAAAAGCAACCUAAAUCAGAAACAUUUUAAUGUGCUAUAAAUUAUGGAAUUAUGAAGCCUUUGAAGCCAUACAGUAUGCUGCAAUAAUUACGUUGCCAUAGAAAAUGCAGCAAAAUAUGUUAAAUGUGUAUUCUUGCAAAAUCAUCGCAUUUUUCGUUGAGUCAUUUAACCCAUCAAAAAACCUUAUCUUGAUCCUAGUGAGCUUGUUAAUUAUAGACCAAUAUCAAACCUACCAUUUAUUGCAACGAUCUUAGAGAAUGUGGUGUUGCAAAAACUAUGCAUUUAUGCCUGAAAAACUCCUUGGAUGUUUUUCAGUCUAGGUUUUGACCCUAUCAUAGCAAAGAAAGAGUGUUAACUAGAGUUGUCAAUGAUCUGUGCUAGUCAGUCAACAGUGAUUACCUGGCUAUUCUUGUGUUCUAAGACCUCAGUAAAGUACUGAACACUUUACCAUCCAUUACCCACCAGAGCAUCUUCUUUAACAGGGUGGAAAAUCUUGUUGGAGUUAAACGGGAGGCUAUCCUGAUUUAAUUGAUUUGUGUCCCUUGGGGAUCAGUGCUUGGCCCGUUGCCGUUCUCGCCUAUAUGUUGCCACAUUGUAUGGAUUUUCAGUGUUUAUUAACGGCAUGCAGCUUUAUCAACUAAGACAAAUGGUGCUACUAGCCUAAAUAAAAUUGGUUUCUAAA